UUCAGCGAGCGCGUUUCAAAUCAAUCAGAAGAGACCCUCUCACAAAAUUUUACCGAUCCUCUCGCUCAAUUAAAUAAUUCAAUAAAUUUAUAUCUUAGAAAUAGAUACAAAAAAAAAUAUUUGAUCCUUCACAAAAGACGUUUGAACUACUCUUUAAUCCUCUCUCAACCAUCACUGGCGUAAUCCUAAGAUUAAAACGUAAACAGUGCGUGUUGUGCGUGUUUUCUAUUCAUUAUAAAUAUAUAGAUAAAGGAAGAAAAGGAAGGGUGAAGGAGAACAUAAUUUGGCGCUCCGAAUUAAUUGGUUCGCUCGCUCCACGCGAAAUUAUGUAAUGCAAUAGCACACGAAUCCCAAUUUACGGAAAGAUUGAUAAAUUACAACGUUUUCGAACGAAAAUAAAUUGAACGUUUCUGCAAUAUUACUAAUUGUGAUCGUGCACUGUGAUCGGAUCGUAAAAGUCGUCCGGCAAAGCAGCACAGAAGAAAGUGAUAAGAUUUUGUUAAAGUAAUUGGUUCGUGAUAAACGGAGAGUAAUCUACAGGAAUGGCUUUCGCUGCAGCUCGUAUGAUCCUCAAAGAUAAGCGAAGAAAACCAUCGAAAGAAGAAUUUGUGCCGCCCAGACAUCGCAGCAAGGCGCGCAGCGGCAGCGCAAGUAGCUAUAGAAGUCUCAGUCAGGCAAGAAACAAACCGGCCGAUGGGAGUGUUGGACACGUCGGACAAAAGCAAGGUUCGGGUCCGAGGACUCCUACCCAUGGAUCUAAGGGUGGACAGCAGAAGGGCUCCGUUAAGCAGGGCCAGAAACCUGCGACUCAGCAGAAAGGGCAACUCAUUAAGCAGGCGCCUGCAAAGGCUGCUUCUGCUGUGGUCACCACUCCGACCUCAACCACUGUCAAGAACACCAAGAACAAGAAGAAGGGAAAACAUCAUCAGCACGACCUCAUCGUCACCAUCAAUCUGAACGAGUAUGGGUUGUCGGAGGAUCAGGUGGCUGAGUUCAAGGAGGCUUUCAUGCUCUUCGAUAAAGACGAGGAUGGGAACAUCACGAUGGCUGAGCUCGGAGUUGUCAUGAGAUCAUUAGGGCAACGUCCGACUGAAACCGAAUUGCGAGACAUGGUCAACGAAGUUGACCAGGAUGGGAAUGGAACCAUCGAGUUCAACGAGUUCCUUCAGAUGAUGUCCAGGAAGAUGAAAGAUUCAGAUGGAGAGGACGAAUUGCGUGAGGCUUUCAGGGUAUUCGACAAGAACAACGACGGAUUGAUCUCUUCGAACGAGCUUAGGCAUGUCAUGACUAGUCUUGGGGAACGGCUUUCCGAGGAGGAAGUGGAUGACAUGAUCAAGGAAGCAGAUUUGGAUGGAGACGGUCAGGUCAACUACGACGAAUUCGUCACCAUUUUAACUUCAAAGCAUUAGGCCCAAAGGUACAACAACAAAGAAAAAAA